UCUCAGCUAUUUUUAUUAUUUCAAUCAUCUCAAAUACAAAUUUAGAUUCUGUUGAAAUAAUUUAAAGCCACUUGUUUGUAUACUGUAGACAGGCUGAAUGAGAUCAGAAGUAAAGUUUAUAGUUAAAAUCUCCACAAUUGUAAAAGCCUGUCUACAGUCUAUUGCUAUCAAAGUGUUCAUUCAUCAGAAUCGACUCUUAUCUUUUUUUUUUAUGCAAAGUGAAGUACAUUAGCAUAUCUAUGGCCUGAGAUAUAUCCAAUCAUGUAAACUGUGCAACAUUAAGUCACGAAGCUAAGGAACAAAUAGCUUCUGACAUGUGAAGAAAUGGAAAACGCAAGAGCUCUACACACAUAGACUAAAAUAAGUACUCACUCAGUACAGCCUCAAAAGAGAUGGAGGAGAGAAUUAAACAGAGCAUGAGUUAGUGUGGUGACAAGCUCCCUGCUAAGAUUUAUGCUUGUAUCUGUGAUUUAUGCUCAGAUCUGGUAAUACAGAUUGAAUCAGUUGAAAUCAACCAACAAAAGUAUUACGGCUAUGCCCAUGUGACAUAUAAUUGAGAGCUGAAGUGUCGUCUAGAUCUUUGGAAAAGCCUUAGUUGAUGUUGUCACUUCUAGACACCUCACAAAAUGGAGAGUCUGGAUGAACUAGAACAUCCACUUUUGGGUGACGGCCCUAAAAACACAUCUGGAAUUGGCACCAGUGAUGGUGGUGGAAUGUUCAAAGGCAUAUUGGUGAUGAACGAGGAGGACAAAAGACUGCCCCCACUGGAGUGGAUGAAUUAUUGCAGUUCCACAGAUUUUCAGCAGCAGCAGCUACUGGACCCAUGUUCAUUGCCUAGCACUCUAGAUUCUCUUUAUCCUCCAACUACUAUUUGGGCCGCUGCUGACUCCCUUGGCAUCCACAGUAAGGAGUAUCUGGAGACCACCUUUGUGGACAUUGGUCCCGGUACGCCACUGGAAAGGAAGUUACUGGCAGAGACGAGAGAUGUCCACAGUGUGUCCUACAGCAUAGAUGAUGGGGAUGACCUUCUGCCAGACUUUGAGGACUCCUCGAGUGAUGACUUCAGUGAUACAGACAGUGAGAGCAACUUUCCCAUCAUGAUUCCACAGGAUUACCUUGGUCUUGCUUUUUUCUCUAUGCUGUGCUGUUUCUGGCCUCUGGGCAUUGCUGCGUUCUAUCUUUCCCAAAAGACGAACAAAGCAUCAGCACAAGGAGAUUUCCAGGGUGCCCUCGCUGCAUCUCGACAGGCUCUGUGGCUCUCGGUCCUUUCAAUCAUUUUUGGCAUCAUCACUUACAUCUGUGCCAUCGCUGCCCUGAUCUCCUAUCUUUCUGGAAAACCACCUUAAAGACUAACAAAUAAUUAUACUCACUAAUUUCUCCGAAAAACACACCUCCCUGGUUCCUAAUUACACAAACUAUGUUCCUUACAUACUCACACUUGUCUACACCUGUAAUAAGUGCAUUAAUUCAGCAAAGACUGCACCUUACAUUUCUGCAGGUUUGUGGUAAUUUAAAAAGUCUAACCCUCAUUUAAAACAUCAGAUAUGUUUAGAAUUAAAGAUGGAAAUGCCACCCAGUACAUUGUGUUCAUGAUUUAGAUAAAAAUAAAUAAAUAGAAAAACCAGGUCGGGUCACUAUAUUUGGAGAUAGCGACACAUAUGCUGGAGGUUUUCGAAAAAAUCUUUGUAUUUGGGACAAAAAAUAGGAUGCCAUUGGUGAUGAUGAUUACACACCAUCACGAAAAAAGUGAGACUUGCGCUCUGUCUUGGUGCUUCUGCAUAGGCAGUGAAGGUAGUGCCUGAGGCCUAAGGGCCCUCCGAGACACAUCAUUCUGAACAAAUUGGGUCAGUUUCUACAACAGCUCAAAGGCAUCCCAUUGAACCACUCACCAAAUCAAACCAAAUGUACCACAGUAAGUGACUUCAGAACUAAUUUGGAAAUUGUCAGGUGGAAAACAAUAACAGUUGUUUUUUAUUCAAAAUCAGAAAGGCCCUUAAAUGUUGGUCAAAUGUAGAGAUCUCCAUAAACAUAUGCAGAAAAAAAGCAUGCACAAACAUGUAUUUAUGCUCAUAUAUAAUGGCAACUGAGCACACAUACACACUGCAGCUUUCACUAUAAGUCAUGACAUUAACUGAAGCCUCUCUUGCCAGACAUAGUCAUAGCUUGAUAAAUGUAGUCUCUCCGUUUUCCCAUUUACUGACAAAACCCUUUUGAGAUAUUGAACAACUCACAUGGCUCAGCUAAAUCAGUUUAAAUUCUGGACCCGUCAUAAUUUAUAUUCAUACUGAGCUACUCAGCAUAUAACAUGUAUGUUUUGCAGAUGUCCUCUUGACUGAUGUGAAAGCUCUUGUAUGCUAAAAACUAAAGGAUAUUUGCCUGCCCAGGCAGUCAUUUAUGUAAAGCUGCAUAUGUGUAAUUGAGAGCAUACACUUGAGGUUAUGAAAUCCACUUGGGUAAAAGAGUAUUCUGGGAUAUGGGAGGCUCAAAUCUAUUGCAAGCCAUGUUUUUUGCAAGCUUUGUGAUAACUAAACUGAAGUCAGUGACAUUUCUAACAGUAAAUGUGCAUGGGCACUGUUUAUUUUGUAACAACCUACCUAUCAAAGUUCCUUCGGCUGUGACCUUACAGUUUGCCUUGACAACAUUUUCCAUAACACAGUUUAAAUUGACAUGAGACUGCUUUUAGUGGCAGUACACAACUGAGAUCAUAAUCAGAAUAUCAGCAUGUCAACCCUUGUUCAUUCAUUUGAUUGGCAGUGUUGGGUAAAAUACUCAAUGACGUAAUCCACAACAGAUUAUUUAUUAGAUCUCUAUUUUUUUUUAAUCAGAUUUCUCAUUACGUCACGGAAUAUGCAAUCAAAUUUCUACUUUACUUUGAAGUUUCUUUCUAAAACUCCAACAGUUUUCACAGAAGUGUUUGGUUUUCCACAUAAAGGGACAGUUCACCCAAAAAUGAAUAUUCUCUCAUCAUUUACUGACCCUUAUGCAAUCAAAGAUGUGUAUGAGUUUCUAUCUUCUGCAGAACACAAAUUAAGAUUUUCAGAAUAUCUCAGCUCUGUAGGUCCAUACAAUGCAAGUGAAUGAUGGUCACGACUUUGAAGCUCCAAAAAGCACAUAAACGCAGCAUGAAAGUAAUCCAUAAAACUCCAGUGGGUUAAUCCACAUCUUCAGGAGCGUUAUGAUAGGUGUGAAUGAGAAACAGAUCAAUAUUUAAAUAUUUUUUACUAUAAAUCUUGACAUCUGCAGUCUCCUUGGCGAUCAUGAUUUCAAGCUCAAUUACAUUCCCUAUCGCCGUCUAGUGCUCUGCACAUGCAUCAAACUCUAGGAAGUGUUUGAAAUCAUGAUUGUAGAGACUGCAUGUGUGAGAUGUACAGUAAAAGAAUUAGUUACUUUUUGGUGUGUUUUCACCCAAAAUCAGCUGGAUCACUUCUCAAGACAUUGAAAAAAAUCUACUGGAGUCUUAUGGAUUGUAUGUUGCUUUUAUUUGCUUUUUGGAGCUUCAAAGUUUUGGUAAUAAUUCACUUGCAUAUUUUUUUGGACCUACAGAGCAGAGAUAUUCUUCUAAAAAUCUUCAUUUGUGUUCUGCAGAAGAAAAGAAAAAAAGUCAUACACAUCUGUAAUGACAUGGGUGUGAGUUAAUGAUGAGAUAAUUUUUUGGGGUAACUAUUACUUUAACGAAUAAUGUUUUGAAUGUUUUCCACAUCAAUAAUAUUUUAUUUCUUAUUUAAUAUUAUUAUAAUAUACUUUUCUAUUGUGUAAUUCAUUUUAUGUAACCGUAGUAAUGUAAUUGAAAGUCAACUAACUGUAAUCUGUUUACAAGAAAUUAAAAUGUAAUAAGUACUUUGUAUCUAAUACAGUUGAUUGGUGAAAUGGACAUAAUCAUACGUCUAUCUAGCAUGACAAAAUCAACCAUUACACUAAAACUCACAAAAGGUAGGAUUCUCUAAACAGGACAGAGCAGAAUUGGUUGUAGACUAGUCAAUAUCAAAUGCAAGAAUGACAUUAAAAUAGUCCACAUUGAAAUGUCAAAUGAAUGAUACGAUUACCAGAAAACAGCAGUUGUUUUAAAGGUUGAAAUGCAUCCUGUUGCAAAAGAGCCACAAAACAGCAGUCAGUUUAAACUGCAUUGGCAGGUGCCCUCUGAGCUCCCUGCAGUUAGAAAUUGGGUCAUAUCAUAGUAGCCAAUAAUGCUACUUCUACAACAAGCUGCCCCAUCAUGAAGAGGAGAAGAGUGAAAGUACAGGCCCCUCCAGUAAACUAUCAUUGCCUAUGUGGUAUCGGCAUGUUAGUGGAGCACCAUAAAUGGCAACACUAAUCAAAGUGCUGCAGUUUUUAUGCAGUUUAUUCUUAGUAAAGUAAAAUGGAGCAGAGAAAUCUGACAAGAAUGUAUGUCCUUGUUGUGUAAAUGUAUAUGUAA